CAGCGGAGCUCUGAGAGCGGACACCCCGGGGCAAGAUGGCGGUCGAUCCUCUGCCGCUGCCCCGGGUCUGGCUAAACCCGAAGGUAUUGGGCUGAGACGGCGGUAGCUGCGGCCCCGACCCCGAGCGAGGGGGGCUACGAGCGGAUAAAGGUCCACGGCCUGCGGCCUUUUUUUGAUUGUGUCGAAGUUUGUGUAAUCCUUCAUUACAGUUACUUUGAAAAAGACAAGCUCCUCUGAAGCAAGAAGCUGCCCUCAGUUGUGAGUCCUUGACAACAUCACUAAUGAUUACCUGGCAUUUCUGUAUCACAGGCAGGUCCUCAGGGUUUGUGCAAGUUUGCAAACAUGUUCACCGUUUCUCAGACCUCGAGAGCAUGGUUCAUUGAUAGGGCCCGUCAGGCCCGAGAGGAAAGGCUCGUGCAGAAGGAGCGGGAACGGGCAGCUGUUGAGAUUCAGGCCCAUGUUCGGAGUUUCCUGUGUCGGAGCCGGCUGCAGAGAGAAAUCAGGAGAGAGAUCGAUGAGUUUUUUAAAGCAGAUGAUGCUGAGUCCAGUAAAAAAAGUGCACUUUGUAUUUUUAAGAUUGCCAGGAAACUGCUGUUCCUGUUCAGAAUUAAAGAGGAUAAUGAGAGAUUCGAGAAGUUGUGUCGCUACAUCCUGAGCAGCAUGGAUGCUGAGAAUGAGCCCAAGGUGUGGUAUGUGUCCCUGGCCCUUUCCAAGGAUCUCACCCUCCUGUGGAUUAAACAGAUCAAACACAUUCUUUGGUGUUGCUGUGAGUUUCUUGAGCAGCUCAAGCCCGAAAUUUUACAGGACUCCAGACUCAUCACGCUGUACCUCACGAUGCUCGUCACCUUCACAGACACUUCAACAUGGAAAAUUCUCCGCGGGAAAGGGGAGAGUCUUCGGCCAGCCAUGAACCACAUUUGUGCAAACAUCAUGGGACAUCUCAACCAGCGUGGGUUUUAUUCCGUGCUGCAGGUACUGUUAACCCGUGGCCUGGCGAGACCCCGGCCUUGUCUGUCCAAAGGCACUUUAACUGCAACCUUUUCUCUAGCACUGCGCCCUGUGAUUGCGGCACAAUUUUCAGACAAUCUGAUUCGGCCAUUCCUCAUCCACGUCAUGUCUGUACCUGCUCUUGUGACUCAUCUCAGCACAGUGACCCCUGAGCGCCUCGCUGUUUUAGAAUCUCAUGACAUGCUUCGUAAGUUCAUCGCAUUUUUAAGAAACGAAGAUCGAUGCCGUGAUGUAUGUGAAAGCUUAGAAGGAUGCCAUACGCUUUGUCUAAUGGGAAACCUCCUGCACUUGGGCGCCCUCAGCCCUAGUGUGUUAGAGGAGGAGACGGACGGGUUUGUGAGUUUGCUCACUCAGAUGCUGUGCUACUGUCAGAAGUACGUGUCCCAGAAGAAGUCCAACCUGACACACUGGCACCCCGUCCUUGGCUGGUUCUCGCAGUCAGUGGACUACGGCCUUAACGAGUCCAUGCCCUUGAUCACCAAGCAGCUGCAGUUCCUGUGGGGGGUUCCUCUGAUCCGGAUCUUCUUCAGUGACAUCUUGAGCAAGAAGCUGCUGGAGAACCAGGAGCCAGCCCAUGUGCAGCCAGCAUCCCCCCAGAAUGUGCUUCCUGUGAAGAAUCUCCUGAAGCGUGCGUUUCAGAAGUCUGCGUCCGUUCGGAAUAUUCUCAGGCCUGUUGGGGGUAAGCGUGUGGACUCUGCAGAGGUCCAGAAGGUCUGCAACAUCUGUGUCCUCUACCAGACCUCGCUCACGACUCUGACCCAGAUCCGCCUGCAGAUACUCACAGGUCUCACUUACCUUGAUGACCUGCUCCCCAAACUGUGGGCGUUUAUCUGUGAGCUGGGGCCCCACGGAGGGUUAAAGCUCUUCUUGGAAUGCCUCAGCAAUGACACUGAAGAGUCCAAGCAGCUCUUGGCCAUGCUGAUGCUGUUCUGUGACUGCUCCCGGCACCUCAUCACGAUUCUUGACGACAUUGAAGUUUAUGAAGAACAGAUUUCAUUCAAACUGGAAGAGCUGGUCACCAUCUCCUCUUUCCUGAACUCCUUUGUAUUUAAGAUGAUCUGGGAUGGAAUCGUAGAGAACGCCAAGGGGGAGACCUUGGAGCUGUUCCAGUCCGUGCACGGGUGGCUGAUGGUGCUUUAUGAGCGGGACUGCCGGCGUCGCUUCGCCCCUGAGGACCACUGGCUGCGCAAGGAUCUCAAACCUAGCGUGCUCUUCCAAGAACUGGACAAGGACCGGAAACGGGCCCAGCUGAUCCUGCAGUAUAUCCCGCAUGUCAUUCCCCACAAAAACAGAGUUCUCCUGUUUCGAAACAUGGUCACCAAGGAGAAGGAGAAGCUAGGGCUCGUGGAGACCAGCUCAGCCUCUCCCCACGUCACUCACAUCACUAUCCGACGGUCCCGGAUGCUGGAGGACGGCUACGAGCAGCUCCGGCAGCUCUCCCAGCACGCCAUGAAGGGCGUCAUCCGCGUGAAGUUUGUCAACGAUCUCGGCGUGGAUGAGGCAGGUAUUGACCAGGAUGGCGUCUUCAAGGAGUUCUUGGAGGAAAUCAUUAAGAGGGUGUUCGACCCGGCGCUCAAUCUAUUCAAGACAACCAGCGGGGACGAGAGGCUCUACCCCUCGCCCACGUCCUACAUUCACGAGAACUACCUGCAACUCUUCGAGUUUGUGGGCAAGAUGCUGGGGAAGGCCGUGUACGAGGGAAUUGUGGUGGACGUGCCCUUCGCGUCCUUCUUCCUGAGCCAGCUGCUCGGGCACCACCACAGCAUCUUCUAUAGCUCUGUGGAUGAGCUGCCUUCGCUGGACUCGGAGUUCUAUAAAAACCUCACCUCCAUUAAGCGCUAUGAUGGGGACAUUGCUGACCUGGGCCUGACUCUGUCGUACGAUGAGGACGUCAUGGGUCAGCUUGUUUGCCAUGAACUGAUUCCUGGAGGGAAGACCAUUCCUGUUACGAAUGAAAAUAAGAUUAGCUACAUCCAUCUGAUGGCGCAUUUUCGGAUGCACACUCAAAUCAAAAACCAGACAGCUGCCCUCAUUAGCGGAUUCCGCUCCAUUAUCAAGCCUGAGUGGACCCGGAUGUUCUCAACCCCUGAGCUACAGCGCCUCAUCUCUGGUGACAAUGCUGAGAUUGAUCUGGAAGAUUUAAAGAAGCACACAGUGUACUACGGUGGCUUUCAUGGAAGUCACAGGGUCAUCAUCUGGCUCUGGGAUAUUCUGGCCUCUGACUUCACACCCGACGAGAGAGCCAUGUUUCUGAAGUUUGUGACCAGCUGCUCCAGGCCCCCGCUCCUAGGAUUCGCCUACCUCAAGCCUCCCUUCUCCAUCCGCUGUGUGGAAGUGUCAGACGAUCAGGACACGGGGGACACCCUUGGCAGUGUCCUCCGGGGCUUCUUCACCAUCCGCAAGCGGGAGCCGGGUGGCCGCCUGCCCACCUCCUCCACCUGCUUCAACCUGCUCAAGCUGCCCAACUACAGCAAGAAGAGCGCCCUCCGGGAAAAGCUGCGCUAUGCCAUCAGCAUGAACACGGGCUUCGAGCUCUCCUAGCUCUCGCCCCCGCCACCUGCCCUGGCCGGCUCCUGGGAUCCCAAGGACCUUCAGCUCCAGGGGGCAGGGUAGCUCUGGGAGUGGGUGACCCACCCACCAGGUGACCUCGCACUCUCUAUAGCCAUGAGUCUCCCCUGUGGCCUCAACUACUUGGGAUGCACCUGACGACUCCGUAGCGCUCUCCAGGUGACACUGAUGGGAAGGGUGUUGAGAAUAAACCUCCAGGUUCCUCCA